AUGGCCGGCCUCGUCAGCUAUGGCUCAGACUCGGACGACUCGGAUCAUGAGCAGCCUGCACCACCGCCAGUCAAUGCGCCCGCCGCAAGUAGCACAGCGCCAAAGCAAGACAUGCCGCUCCCCAAAUCCAAGAGGAAAGGUCCUGUCAAGAUCAUGCUUGAUCUGCCAGACCCAUCCAGUCCAGCCAAAGAAGAGCCUGCGCCCAAGCGAGCCAAGCUGGACUUUGGUCGUCUGAGCGGCAAGUCGGGCCUGGCGAGCAUGCUGCCCGCGCCUAAAGCGAGUACGACUCAGUCUGUAGCGACUCCGAGUGCUUCCACUGCACGUCCCGUGGGCUCAUUGAUCGAUGCACCCGAAGGCGAUGAGUCUGGUGUCGCUGCGCUGGACGAGAUUGCUCAACCUGAGCCUGCGGCGGCGGCGGCAACAACAACAACUUCGUUUGUGCCUCAUAAAGUCAAAUCCAAGCUACCGCCGCCAAAGCCAGCCGCGCCCGUCGUAGACUUCUUCUCGCUAGGCGCGGCAGAAGCUGUGCGGACGACCACAGAGUCAGUCGAAGCGACACGCGCGACCGCAAUAAAAGCAGCGCCUGUUCUGGAGGAUAAGCCAGUUCCGAACUACUAUGCCACUCUGCCGCCGCCUUCGGCAACAGAUCCCUACCCCGGCUUUUACCUGAAGAAGGACGGAAAGACAUGGGCCGCGAAAGAGCCAGAGGCUUGGCUAGAGUGGUCACGCAUGAAUGGCUGGGUCGAAGCCGAUCAAUCCUCAAGCGCUACACCUAAGGAAUUCGACACGACAGAUGAAGAUGUGAGCGAGGUCAAGGCGGACGAUGCAUUGAUACAAGCCCGACUGGAGAAAGCUCGCAAGAAGCUACUCAAUCCUCACAAAGAGGAAAAGCCGAAAGAGGAGCAACAAGCUCAGCCUAAACGAGGGAUGCAUCGUGCCCGAGAGCGAGGUCAGCUUACUGCAUUGCUGGCAGAAGCAGUCGACAAUCGGGAAGCGCUCGAGGAACGGAUCGCCCAAGCUAAAGCGACCAAGCGGUCUUCCGGGUCUCGCUAUGGCUUCUGA